UCGCCUGUAUUUAAACGCCCACACCGACAGGCAGGCGACUGUCCGCGCUGGCGAACUUCAGCUGGGAGUGACGGUCUCUGUUCUGGACUUCUCAGACAUCGGAGGUGCUGCUCGUGUUGGUGAUGAUGGUGAUGAUGAUGAUGGUGAAAAGAGUCUUCUUCUUGAUGCUCUGCCUGGUGCAGAUGCAGGGGGUGAUGACGGCAGAAGUGCACUGGUGCUACACCAACUCGUCGUGCGCCCCGGCCACGUGGUCGAUCAACUUCCCCACGUUGUGCAACAGCACGUCACGGCAGUCGCCGGUGAACAUCAACUCGAGCGCGGCCGUCCCCAUGUCGCCCGUCGACCCCCUGAGUCUCUACGGCUGGAAUGCCACGGCCGGGCAGAACUGGACGGUGACCAACAAUGGGCACUCCGUGUCAGUGUCGCUGCCCGGCAACCUGAGCGUGUCAGGCGGCGCUCUGAACGGGACGUACCUCACCGACAGCUUCCACUUCCACUGGGGAGCCCCGGGCAACCAGAGCACAGGGUCCGAGCACGCCAUAGACGGGGUCUGGUACCCCCUGGAGAUGCACAUCAUCAACUACAAGCAGAGCUACGGCAACGUGAGCGCAGCCAAGAACUAUCCAGACGGCCUCGCAGUGUUCGGUGUCUUUUUCCAGGUGGGAGGGAAUUUCUCGAGCCUGGACUCGAUCCUCGCAGCGCUGUCCAACAUCUCGCGCCCAGGCAUGAACAGCAGCGUGAUGGCCCCGAGCCUGCAGUCGUUUGUCCCCGGAGCGCUCGAAUCGUCGAUUGCCGGUCCCUUCUACCGAUACAGCGGCUCCCUCACGACGCCCACUUGCGACGAGUCGGUGAUCUGGAGCGUCUUCCAGGCGCCACUCUUUCUGGGGCAGGCACAGCUGGAUCUGUUCCGCACCCUCUUGUACUACGACGCCGAGGGGAAGGAGCCGCUGGUCAACAACUUCCGCCCCAUCCAGAACCUGGGCAGCCGUGCCGUCUACUACACGGGGACCGCCAACGCCACCACCACCGCCUCCACCAACGCCACCACCACCGCCUCCACCAACGCCACCACCAACGCCACCACCCUCUCGCCGGCCACAGCAUCGCCCACAGCUGCAGCGCCCGGCCAACACCCUCCGUUGCCCGGCCUCACCACCUCCCUGCUCAUCCUCGCUUCGCUGCUCACCUGGGCAGCCGGCGCUCACCUGUAGAGGUGGGGGGUGGGGGGU